CGCAGCCUCCGUUGGAGCCCCGAAGAAAGGAGACGAGGGGGUAGUGGGAAGUCCCGCUUUCCCCUCCGGUGGGGCACUCUGGACACCAUGGAGGACGGAAUCUAUGUGCCUCCAGACUUGACACCUGAGGAGAGGCUGGAGUUGGAAAACAUUCGCCGGCGGAAACAGGAACUCCUGGUGGAAAUUCAGCGGUUGCGAGAUGAACUCAGCGAAGCUAUGAAUGAGGUGGAAGGGCUAGAAGCCAAUGAAGGAAGUAAAACUCUUCAAAGGAACCGGAAGAUGGGGAUGGGCCGCAAGAAAUUCAACAUGGACCCCAAAAAAGGAAUCCAGUUCCUAGUGGAAAAUGAACUGCUGCGCUCCACCCCCGAGGACAUUGCCCGUUUCCUGUACAAAGGGGAAGGACUCAACAAGACGGCCAUUGGCGACUAUCUGGGCGAGCGGGAGGAGUUCAACAUUGCUGUGCUCCAUGCCUUUGUUGACUUGCACGAGUUUACUGACCUCAACCUCGUUCAGGCUCUCAGACAGUUCCUAUGGAGCUUCCGAUUGCCGGGAGAAGCCCAGAAGAUUGACCGUAUGAUGGAGGCCUUUGCCCAGCGGUAUUGUCUGUGCAACCCAGGGGUCUUUCAGUCCACAGAUACCUGCUAUGUCCUCUCCUUUGCGGUGAUCAUGCUGAACACCAGCCUCCACAACCCCAAUGUCCGCGACAAGCCCACGGUCGAGAGGUUCAUCACCAUGAACCGCGGCAUCAACGACGGGGGGGACUUGCCGGAAGAACUGCUGCGGAACCUCUACGACAGCAUCCGUAACGAGCCCUUCAAGAUCCCCGAGGACGAUGGGAAUGACCUGACACACACUUUCUUUAACCCUGACCGCGAGGGCUGGCUCCUCAAACUGGGAGGGCGAGUGAAGACAUGGAAGAGACGCUGGUUCAUCUUGACCGACAACUGCCUCUAUUAUUUUGAAUACACUACCGACAAGGAGCCAAGGGGAAUCAUUCCACUGGAAAAUCUGAGCAUCCGGGAAGUGGAGGACCCACGGAAGCCAAACUGCUUUGAGCUCUACAUUCCAAACAACAAAGGCCAGCUAAUCAAAGCCUGCAAGACAGAGGCCGAUGGCCGGGUGGUCGAGGGGAACCACAUGGUCUACCGCAUCUCCGCACCCACACAGGAAGAGAAGGAUGAGUGGAUCAAAUCUAUCAAAGCCGCUGUGAGUGUAGAUCCUUUUUACGAGAUGCUGGCCGCCCGUAAGAAACGGAUCUCAGUGAAGCAGAAACAGGAGCAGCCGUGAGGUGGGGCUACUCCAGCACCUCUCCUCCCCUCCGCCCAUUGAUGUACCUCCCUGCACCUCUUCCCUUCUUGGACCUGCUGCCAAGCCCACCGGUUUGGGGCUCCCUGAGAUCCAGCCACCACCCUUUCCUCCUGUCCCAUGGAUUCUCGGAUUACCAAUGCAACUUGCCACUCUGACAGCGUGCCAGCACCCCCGUGCCCCCUUCUCGUCUCCAGAGCUUCCACUCGGCCUUUUGAGGUUGGCUUCUGGCGUGGCCUUGGGAGCCCUCGCGCGAUGGGCUUGUGCGGAGAAAGGCAGAGUCCCCCCCCCCUUGGCAGCGGCUUUUUGGGCUGUCAGUGGACUUAGCCAGAUGGCUUGAAAGGCAGGCUGCUGCUUCACUCCACCUCGACUCCCGAGGGCUACAAACCUGAACCUUUCCUGUCUGCCCGAACCUUUCCAUUUUUCUCCCACUUUUGAGCCAAUUUAUGCAUUCAACAAGCAAGCGGGUGGUAGAAGCUGUGUUGGGUCUGUAUCACAUCAGGAUGCAGAUGGGGAAGUUGCCUCUUGGAAUGGUAUCCUCUCUGCAUUACAGCAAAAAUCUUGCCCUCCUGAAAUUAACACGCAAGGUAGAAGUCAAAGCUAAAACCCUGCUCUCUGGCAAGCUCUCAUUCUGGAGCUGUUUUGACCCGGGAGAAUAUUCUGUCGUCUGAUUUCCCUCAUCUGCAUUCUAAUGUGGCGCAGUCAUAGGAGAACUAUACAGACCACCUGCUUUGUUCUGAGCGUGAAGGUCAGCUCCUUCGAGUUUGUUGCCAAACCAACUACACUGUGUUUCCAAGGAACCGGUAUUCUUCUGACCUACUAAUACGAACAAGGGCUGUACCGUGUCGUUUGGCGCUAGUUCCACAAAAGAAACCGAACAUACUGACAACCAGCAAGGGGCAGCAGAGAGCCAGACAGCUGCCGCACACCCACAUGGACACUGUUUUGAACACUACCGUUUCUUUGCCAGGAACACCCAGCACAUCUGCGCAACUGACAGCUAAUUCUUCCCAGCGGGGGGCAGGGUCCCAAUGUUGUUCAUGCCCUCGUUCUGCCCUCUCGGAAAAAUUGGCCACUCCUGCCAAAUUCCAGUGGAUUAAGCAAGACUUCCUCUCUGAAAUGGAUCCUGUUUUCUCUUGACAUACUUUUCUCUUCUGCUCAGAUACUGCCAUCAGAAGAUUUCCCUUGGAGUUGUUUCAGAGGUUUCUCCACCCACCCACCCACCCCUCCAUUGAAUUUACAAAUCUGAAUGCCCGGGGAGCGCUGUGGUUAGAAUCUUUCCCUGAUCCUGCUGUGCAGAGGGUAGAUGAAGCCCGAAUAUCGCCUGGUGGGAACACUGAUUAGAAGCACCUUCACCUUUCCACCCCCAUCCCUUGAAUUUCCCUUUCAAGUUAAGAUGCUUUUUAUCUGAAAGCAAAAAGAUGCGUUACUAUUGAACAUGCUUGUGGCAAGACAGGGGGGUUAAUGGUUGGAUUUCACACACCGCAAACCCAUUUUCACAAUAUUCAAGUGGGCAGUAGGCAUUCAUAUGUUAGUGAUAGGGGCUCCAGAUUGGUUAGUCCAGGGCUUUUUAUGUUUUAGAAAAGCAGCCUUAUGAAUGGGCCUUAGAUCAUAUCACCCGAGCAUUUAGCAGGCUUACUAUAAACUCUUAUUUGGAGGUUUUGUUCCUUCAAUUUCACAAGUAUACCUUCAAAGCUAGUCUUCCAUUACUGCCUUGCCUUAAGGGAUCUCUUUGAUGUAACAGCUCAGGUUCUGCAAGGCUUUUUUAAAGGUUUUGGAGCUGAGCUUGCUUAGCUCAUAAAGAGCCCUUUGCUCCAAAGCAGCAGUCUUGGCAAAGGGUCAAAGCUGUGUUGCAGAGGACCUAAGGUGCUUGCGGAGGUCCCUGGCUGUAGCAGCAAUGUGCAUUUCUCUCUAAUCAGUAUUGCCUCUACCACAGGGAGGAACUGCAGCCAUGAGGACAGCGGCCCUUUCAAAUCUAGUUUGGUUUAAACCUGGAAACAAAGGUGGAUCUGUUUGAAUAUCUCGCAUCAUAAUCCUGGAUUUCAAAGGGUUGGAAGCUUUUCUCUCAGGCCAGUCGGGAAUCUCCUGUUCUCAUAUGAAAGGAAGGAAUGUAGAGCAGGUAAAGACAGCAAGGAAAGGGUAUGGUUUUGCAUAAAUUAAACUGUCAGCCAGGGGGCACACGUGCAAGAGAGACAGAGAGUGACUCCAUUGCACUGCAAUGAAUUUCAGGAAAGGCCAAGCUGGAGUGUAAGAGCAUUGGCAAUCUGAAUUAAGGACAUUCCGGCAGGUUUCUAGCCUUAGAUCAGCUAAAAGUAACUUGGGUAGAUUACUGUGUCUGCAAACCAGACAUGCUUCUUUCCUGUAUUCAUCCAGUCUUCUAGGAAAAGCUACUAACCACCUAAUCUUGCUCAAGAGAGCCAAGAAUUCCCCCCUACCGGCACCCCCAUUUAACUUUUCCACUGCUACAUUCAAGGCCAGGCUACUAAAGUUCCUAACAUAGCCUCUCAGUUUUGCCCAUCUGUCCUUGGCAUAUGGCAUCUCAGUCAUUGAACUAAACCCCACGUUAGACCUACAUCUUCAUGUUGUUCAGCCCUUUUGCCAAAAA